AAUUGGCACCGAGAUGCUCUACAAAUUUUUCUCUACAAAGAAUUUUAAAAUAAAUUCCCAGAGCAGAGAAAUGAUUUAAAGUGUACUAAUUUUGACUAAUUUGGUGAUAAGUCACCGAGUCCUAGGUUCAGAAAAUUCCACAAAAUUUUACAAUAAUGGAUAAGCAAAGACGCGAACGAGUCGAAAACGUGAAAAUGGUUCAAAAUCAAGAUUUUAAGUCAGAUUAGGGUUUCACUUUUCCAAGUGGUUAGAUUCUCGACUAGUUUUACCCUCUAGAUGCAAACUUUGCCCGCUUUUUCGUCCUGAAUUAAUUCCACCUUUGACAUUAUCUCCUUGCAGACACGAAAUAUGUCUGAACUGAUUUCGAAAAAUGUUGUAAUUCCGCAACAAUGCCUCCUCCUCUUCCACACAUGCGACGACGAAGGAGCAGGUCAAGAUCCGGGCGGUCGGAUGGGGUGGUUCGCGUUGUGCGCGUGAAUUGUGAUCCCCAUCAUCAAAAACAACAUCAAACUCGCACAACCUUUAUAUCCGCACAAUCUUCUGUUUUUUAAUCAUCAAACGCAACAACAAUUAAACAAACAAAAAGCCAACGAAUCAGCCAAUCAGACAAAAGGUGAGGUUUUUCCGGUCGCCGUGUUCUCACUCGAAAAGAAAGAAUGGAGGAAAUCCAAAAAAAAUCAAAAUUGAAAUUGAAAAAGCAUGAAUUGAAAUCUUGAAAUGAAACUCAGAGACUGAAAAUUAAUCAAGUUUUGCUUCUCUGAUUCCAGAUUUGUACACUUCUAUCGUACUGACAAAAGAUCAAUAAGUCAAUCUCAAUUAUUAUGAUGUAUUCUUUUUAUGGUAAGUGUGAUGGUGUAUGCGUCCAAGAUGUGGGGGCGGGGGGAUUAAGUAGUAAAAUAGUUACUGGGGGAAAUAGGCAGGUAUUUUUUGAUAAGAUCGAUUCGCCUCGUUCACGUCUUGUCCACUUAUCUUGAUUGAAGGUUUGGUUUGGUCGCGUCGUUUUGGUUGGUUGGUUGGUUAUCGAAAAUUGACUAUGCUUUAUUAGGUGCGUUGGUGGUUUGGUGUGGCGUUGUACGUCCAACGGAUGUGGAAUUCAUGAUGUUAAUUGUCUAAUUAUUGGUUAAAUAUUGUAAAAAGAAAUGAAACUAAUUUGAUGUUUGUUGUUCUUUUUUCUCUUUCCUUUACCCAACCCUUAUCUUUCCUUACUUCCUUCCUGCCCGUAUUUAUCCCUUAAAAAAUGCGACGUCCGGUCACCUUCUCCGCCUUGGUUUGGUUCUCUCUCUCUAUUUCGUGUCAACAGGGAAGUGGGAGCAGCGAGCGGCACAGGCAUCAUCGAUCCGACGUGUUUGAAGAGUUUGGUGGAGGCAGUGGACCUGAGGAGGAUGGCUCGCCAAGCGUGGGGACUAAUGGGAGCAGUAAAUAUGGAAGCGAUGAUCGCCGCGAGCGUCGCUCCGACCGUUCCGAAAAGGAAAAGUCCUCCUCUAAAAAAUCUUCUCGUCGUUCCCGGUCCCGAUCUCCAAAAUCGUCCCGUCGUCGGAGCUCGUCCCGCGAGAAAAAGUCACACCGAUCGGACCGCAAUCGGUCGAAGGAUCGCUCCUCUAAACGUUCCUCUGGUCGAGGAUCCUCUAAAUCUCCUCCCAGUCGAAAUCGGUCACGUUCUCCGACUUCGCGUUCUUCCCGCCGGGCUCGAUCUAGAUCUGAAUCUCCAGCUCGAGGGCGUGGAUCCCGCCGAGGUGGACGUUCCCGAUCGAGGUCGCCACGAUCCCCCCUUCGCCUCCGGGAUGACGAGCCGCUCACUCCAGAAGAGCGCGAUGCUCGGACCGUGUUUUGCAUGCAGUUGAGUCAACGCGUACGAGCGAGAGAUUUAGAGGAUUUUUUCUCCUCGGUAGGAAAGGUUCGAGACGUAAGGAUGAUAACAUGUAAUAAGACGAGGCGAUUUAAAGGGAUUGCUUACGUGGAGUUUAAGGAUAUCAGUUCUGUUGCUUUGGCUUUAGGUCUUGGAGGCCAGAAACUGCUGGGCAUCCCAAUAAUCGUGCAACCUUCACAGGCCGAGAAGAACCGAGCCGGUCAGAUGGCGAAGGCUGGGGCGAUGGCCGCCGUGAUGGCGACAUCCGCUCCCGGUCCAAUGAAGCUGUACGUCGGCUCGCUUCACUUUAACAUCACGGAGGAAAUGCUUCGUGGAAUUUUCGAACCUUUCGGACGCAUCGAGGAAAUCCUUCUUAUGAAAGAUCACGAGACGGGAAGGUCAAAAGGGUUCGGAUUCAUUACGUUCCACGAGGGAGAAGAUGCCAAGAGAUCGUUGGAGCAGUUGAACGGUUUUGAAAUCGCCGGUCGUCCCAUGAAGGUCGGCUACGUGACGGAUAAGGCGGAAACGGCGUACUACGCAAACCCACAAACUUUCCUUGAUUCGGACGAGAUGGACCGGGCUGGAGUCAACCUUGGAGUCACAGGGAGACUUCAACUCAUGGCCAAGUUGGCGGAAGGAACGGAUCUUAAACUUCCUGAAGCGGCCGCAUCCGCGCUACAGUUGCAGAAUCAACUCCAACAUGCCCUUCUCACCCCGUCUGCCGCUGCAAUUACACCAGUAGCUCCACCAAUUGCUACCCAGUGCUUCAUGCUUGCCAAUAUGUUCGACCCCACUGCUGAAAUGGGGAACGACUCGCUCGAGCAGGAGAUUGGGGACGACGUGUUAGAAGCCUGUCUCGAGCACGGUGGUGUCGUACACGUCUACGUUGACGGGAAAUCUCCAGAGGGAAACGUUUACUGCAAGUGUCCCACGGUCUCGGCCGCAGUCGCCGCGGUGAAUACGUUUCACGGCCGCUGGUUCGCCGGCCGUCUCAUUACCGCCGCCUACGUUCCCCUUCUCAAUUAUCAUAACCUCUUUCCCGACGCCAUGGCGGCUCAAGUCAUCUUACGCCCCAGCGCAAAAUAAAAAAGGGUCAAAAGUGUUUAAAUGCAUAAUUGUCCACUAGAAAAUACUUGUAGUUUUUUUUAACACAUCUUGGUUAUGUAUUUCUAGAUGUAAAAAAAUAUGUGAUUUUUGUCUUAAAUUGUAUUUCAAAAUUCCAUAAUUAAGUAAGUAACAAUUGGCAGUGGACUUUCAGAUAUUGUUAAAUUUCAUUGUUCCACAACUGGAGAGAAAAACUACUAUUUCUUGUAAAUAUCUACUAAAAAAGCACCAUAAUUGUUCUCGUUCUUUGAAAUCGUAUCGCGUUAAAUUAAUAUAAACUGUGUUGUUAUUUUAGAAAUACGAAUAAUAUUUCUAAUUCGCAUUAAAAAAUAUUUCCAAAAAUGUAUUGUUCUGUUUUCAAUUCCUAAAUAUUUUUUACGAAUUUAAUGAAAAUUAUAUUGUUUUAAUUCGUUUAUUGUACUUUGAAACGAAAAUGAACCCAAAUUCGUGUAAGAAGAAUAUAAUAUGUAAAAAGCUACCGAAAAUCUUAGCGAGUAUGAAAUUACAUGGGACGGAAGCUUAUGAUACGUAUCUUAUCUUAACUACUGUGCUGAUAACCUGCUUCUGUGCGAUCGAAUUAUGUAUUUAAAUAAGAGGGGACCUUUCCUAAUAAUGAAUUUCCUGUAAUUCGUAACGGAGUAGUGACAGAUUGAUUAGAAAAAAGUUUGGAAGUAGUGGAAACUUUGCGUAGUCAGUUCGCAUCGUUAAUUAUGAAUUAUAAUUAAUUAGCAAAUCAGUUAUUGACUAUUAUUUUGGAUAAUGUACAUACACAUGAUAUUGAUUGAUAUAGUGACACAUGAGUUACAUCAUUUAUGUAGAAUUUAAGCUACUAGCUAUCUGGAUUAUAAUAGAAAUUAUUAUGAGGUGACGUUACAUAUUUUAUCUGGGAUUAUAUAUGUCAGAUUAAAUGAAAUGCAUAAUUCGUAAGAUUCAAAAUUAAAAUAAAUCUGAUUAAGUUAGUGAA